UGUGUCCAUUUGCCUUGAGGGCAUGAUCUCUUCCUCCCUACUCCUACUAGCUUGAGAUCAAUUUACUUGCCAGUCCACUGCACCCACGACACGAAGCCUGCACGCUCUACGUCACCAGAAGUGUUCUAUCCGCGCACUUCGUCCACGUAUCUCCAACCUGGCAACCUUCUUUCUCGCACGGGGGCCGCACUCAUAAUCUAAGCGUACUUGACUUUGGGGCCACUCCGCCUUACUUGGCGUAUCAUGCCUGUGGUGUCGCGACAUUGGGCCGCCCCGCCAACGCGGCGGGAGGUCAUGCUCCUCUUGUUCUCCCUGACAGUGUUUGUCCUCUCUUACAACCUAGAGACAUCGCUGGGCCUGGUAGGCGUGAACCCGCAGAAGCUGAGCGCGUCGUAUCUGUCGAGCAUAGGCAUCGGCUCGAAAGACCCCGGAUUCGACGCGGACGGUCGCCGCCCCGCGCAAUGGCGAGACGAUCUCGAGAAUCUCAUCGUCGGAGACUGGGAGUGGCGCGAGGGAGAAGUCUCUGGUGUCCCGCGCGGGCAAGCGGCGCGUUCUGGUAGCGGGCGCCACGCGAUGAUAUACAACUUCGGCAAGAGUUUGAAAGGGAAGAGUACAAGGGGGAAGCCCGAUGGAGAGGAAGACCAUGGGGGCGUGAGCCUGAGCACCGGUGUCACGGUGAAGGACCAGUUUGUGAGGUGGGGAAGAGAUGUGCCUCAGACGAGGGUGCUCGCGCAUGCCCCAGGGUACACAGUACUGGAGAACGUUGUCGCGGUGAAUGGCACGCUAUUCGUUGUGGCGGACGACUGGACGAAGGUGCCAAAGCUGAGCGACAUUGCGUCGUCCUCGCUCGACCCUUCAAGACCACCUCGCAUACAGGACUGGCAGAUGCUGACUACGAGCCAGGCGCGAGAUUGGUUCGGCACAUAUGCAGCAAAGAUCCACGGCACGUCCUGGAUAGCCCUCGACACCGCCGACAACCAAGACCCGUACCUCCUACUCUCCCUCUUCCGCACACACGCGUCCCUCAUGUCUCCGCAGCCCUCCUCCGCCUUCACUUCCUCCUCCGGCCUGCGCAUCAUCGCCCCAGGGGCGUCUCCCUCCCUCCCGAAAGACGUCCCUGCGCCUCUCCGCCUCAUUUUCCCGCACCUCCCGACCUUUUCCACCCCACACAUUCCCCCGGCGCCCGGCGAGGACGAGAAGAAGCACCCCCCGCCCCGCGAGCGCUCGUACUUCGGCAUACACCCCCUCCUGCCCAAGGCCGUGUUGCCUACCGUAGGGCUCUGGUUCGAGGAAGACUGGGAGGACCUGACAGAGAUGCACGUCCCGUUCUUGUUCGAGCGCGUAGUCGUCGCGGACCGCGGGGCCGCCGACCGCGGGCGCGCAAACUGGCUUCCCCCAGCACCAUCGUCCUCGUCCGACGCUGCGGCCCCUGCGGCAGAAGCGCAGGUGGAGGCACGCGCGGAGGGCCUGGGGAAGCGCGCCGUCGGGAACGAGGGCGAGCCCGUGUGGGCCGCGCCCUUCGUCGGGCUCAGCGCGCCGCAGGGGUGGUGGGCGCCCGUGCACGCUGCGCUGUUGCGAUACCUGCACCUCCCCAACGACUCCCCCAGCGCGACGUCGGGCGCGGGAGGCGGGUUCUGGGGCGGGGCGAAGGGGAAGAGGAAGCCGGUGGUGACGUACGUGUCGAUGCAGGACGAGCCCCGGGGCGCGGGGGCGCGGCUGGCGCACGAGGACCACGAGAAGCUGGUGCUAGGGCUGAGGAGGCUGGAGCGGGAGGGCGUGCUUGGGGAGGUGCACGUUGUGCGGGGCAAUGGGAGCGUGUCGGCGCCGGAGUGGGUGGAGAGGAUGGGGGCGUUUGCGAAGGCGACGAUCGUGAUGGGCCCGUACGGGCACCAGCUCGCGGACAGCGUGUUCAUGCGCUCGCCCCUUGCGGAGGUGCAGGUCCCGAAGGCGCACCAGAAGCAGAAGGAGAAGGCGGCGACGCCGGCGGCCCUCCCCCCGAUGCUGAUGGAGUUCUUCCCCCCGGGGACGUUCGUGCGCGACCAACAAUACGCGGUGCAGGCGCUGAAGAUCGACUACUUGGGCUGGUGGGCGGAGAGGACGUUCACGAGCGACAACUUACCUGAACUCAGCUACGACUCGCGGACAGACCCCGUCGUGCCGAUCGAUGUGGACGCCGUCCUGCGCACGGUGCGAGAAGAGGCUGCCCGCCGUGCGGCAUGAUAUGCGCGGAUCAUCCCCGCACGUCCUCUUUCGUCUUGUAUAUAGUACGAUACUGCAUGCGCGAUACCUCGGACUUUGCAUAGAGAGAGAGGGAGCCUGGGUCGUUCGUAAUCGAGCUCUGCAUCACACGAUCUCCGUCCUCACUAUCUCGCACUCUCGCUGCAAUGCUAUUCGAUAGAUUUCCAUGAACGUAUAUAAGUAUCCAAGCAAACCCGCAGACAUCCAUAGCACUGAAGCGCC